CCCCACCCCCUGCCAUCCUUGCAGCCGUCUUUCCACGGCCGGGAGGGGGUAUGAUGUCAUCUUGGGCACGAUCAGCUGCUGCAUUGGCGCUUCUGCCGCUGCGCACAACGUCGUUCGUUGCUCAUAUGUCUACAGGAUCUCCGCUAAACGUGUUGGGCACCCCUCUGAAGGCGUGUUCGCUACCUGGGGGACCAACGACCGGAUGGAGACGCGACGGUUACUGCAGUACGGAUGACAACGACCGCGGGCAGCACUGCGUGUGCUCGGAGGUGACGCAGGAGUUCUUGGACUACACCAAGGCCCAGGGGAACGACCUCUCCACCCCGCUACCGCAUUUUCCGGGUCUCAAGGCCGGGGACAGAUGGUGUCUGUGCUCCUCGCGAUGGCUGCAGGCACAACGCGCCGGUAAGGCCCCCCUUGUAGUGCUGGAUAGCACCCAUGAGAAGGCGAUGGAGGUCGUGCCUCUCGCGCUGUUGAAGGAGUACAGCUCGGAGCAUGCUUCCGCCGCGCCGUCGGAAACGGAGCUGUAGCAGCAGUGUUGCUAUCAUGGCGGCAGUGCUGGUGAACGCCUUCGACAAGAGUUGUUGCGGUCACGAAGCUGAGCGACGCACACUCUACUGCUUCACAACAGAGAAGGCUGGGGGGACGACAAUAUGCGGCGGCUGGAUUGUAGAGAAGGGAUGGAUGCGCGAGGUUUUACGCCAGAAUAAAUCAGAAAAUGCGUGAAAACACCCGUGUCCCCGUGAGGCUGCUGCCAUGCAGUUGAGCUAUGCUUGCGGUACGAGGACUACUCGAUCGGGUUGUCAAAGGUCAUCGAGUAGUCAGUAGUAGCAAAUCUCGAUUUCGUUGAAGGCGAAACCGUGUUACGCUUUCUUCAGGCUGGGGGGCAUCUUGUGGCCCACACGAAGGACGUGCUUGAAUAUGUGUCAUGUCGUCAUAGUAAAUCCGUUGGGACGUCAUGGUUCCGUUGGGACUGUGCGUGCACUUCCGGAGAUAAGUGCUGUGUGACGUCAUAGCCUCUUAUAUUCGUGCUCCUGCUAUUGGACAACGGGGCUCCCAGAAACGGCUCAGUCGGCUGUUGUUUGAGAAGAUACCAUUGGGCCGAGUGAUUGGUGGUGUUGUAGGCUACGCUUUCCUCCUUGCUGCGCACCCGUAGAAAACAUCGGAGAACGCUUACUUACUGUGGAAACAUGUCCAGAUAUAUAUGUCAACGAAAACGCACUACGUCAAGAAAACAACGUUAUUUGUGAUACUAUGGUGGCGGCCACUCGUGAUGCGGCGUGUUGCCAGAUGGCUUUGGUUGCGGCGUUUUCUCUCAAGUUAUGGGUGUGUGGUGGUUUUGCGCGGGCGAGGACGAAAACCACCGCUCUGCGACCAACCUGCCUCUCUCUUCGAGGCUUUGCUCGGUUUUCUGGAAUGCGCACAGCAGUGACCGUUUUUCACGAGUGCAUCCAACGUCCAACGGCAAUUUUUCACUCGGUAGGUGUGUCCAGGGGGGAAAUGGGAAGAACAACUACUGUCAAGGCGGUCACAAUAUACUUUUUCGAUUUUGUGGUUGGGGGCCUGGACAAAGCUACAUACAGAUAACGGUGUAGCUCCAUAUUUAUGAAGUUUUCUCGUGCAAUCGGAAAACAACAGCCCAAGCGCCCGGAGUGAUAACUUAAUGAUCGACGUCUGCAU